GUUUCCUCUCGGGCCGCCCUCCCCCUUUCCCCCCCCUCUCCCGCUGCCGGAGCUGGGGCCCCGAGAAUGGCAGCGUUAGGAGAACCAAGUAAGUUUUCACAAACGGUGAAUGGGAUUCCUCCUUCAAACACAGUCAGCAGUGGAAUGGACCCCUUCCAUGCUUGCAGUAUUCUUCAACAACUUAAAACCAUGUAUGAUGAAGGACAACUGACAGAUAUUGUAGUGGAAGUGGAUCAUGGGAAAACAUUCUCCUGUCAUAGAAAUGUUCUUGCUGCAAUCAGUCCUUAUUUCAGAUCUAUGUUCACUAGCGGCCUUACAGAGAGUACCCAGAAAGAAGUUCGUAUAGUUGGUGUUGAAGCAGAGUCAAUGCAUUUAGUGUUGAACUAUGCAUAUACCUCCAGAGUAAUGCUGACAGAGGCCAACGUUCAAGCUUUGUUCACUGCAGCUAGUAUCUUCCAGAUCCCUUCCAUACAAGACCAGUGUGCUAAAUACAUGAUCAGUCACUUGGACCCACAGAACUCCAUUGGGGUGUUUAUCUUUGCUGAUCACUAUGGUCAUCAGGAACUCAAAGACAGAUCACAAGACUACAUUCGUAAAAAGUUUCUGAGUGUCACCAAAGAGCAAGAGUUUCUUCAGUUGAGAAAAGACCAGCUCAUAAGUAUACUCGACAGUGAUGACUUAAAUGUAGACAAAGAAGAACAUGUUUAUGACAGCAUUAUAAGGUGGUUUGAGCAUGAACAAAAUAAGAGAGAAGUGCACCUUCCAGAAAUAUUUGCCAAAUGCAUCCGUAUGCCUCUAUUGGAAGAGACAUUUUUAGAGAAAAUCCCUCCCAUGUUUGCACAGGCUAUGGCCAAAAGCUGUGUACAAAAGGGACAACAUAGUGCCAAUGGCUAUACACAACGGCUUGGAAUGACUGCUUCUGAAAUGAUCAUAUGCUUUGAUGCUGCCCACAAACACUCAGGAAAGAAGCAAACAGUGCCUUGUUUAGAUUCGGUCACAGGGAGAGUGUUUAAACUAUGCAAGCCACCAAAUGACUUGAGGGAGGUUGGAAUUCUUGUAUCUCCUGAUAAUGAUAUUUAUAUUGCGGGUGGUUACAGACCAAGCAGCAGUGAGGUCUCCAUUGAUCACAGAGCAGAGAGUGAUUUCUGGAUGUACGAUCACUCUGGCAAUAGGUGGAUUCCGAAAGCUCCUUUGUUGCGAGCCAGAAUAGGCUGCAAAUUGGUUCAUUGCUGUGGUAAACUGUAUGCAAUAGGUGGUCGUGUUUAUGAAGGAGAUGGGCGAAACUCUCUCAAGUCUGUGGAGUGUUAUGACAGCAGAGAGAACUGUUGGACGGCUGUCUGUCCAAUGCCGGUAGCAAUGGAGUUUCAUAGUGCUGUGGAAUAUAAGGAUAACAUCUAUGUUUUACAGGGGGAAUUUUUUCUCUGCUAUGAUCCUCAGAAGGAUUAUUGGGGGUUUUUGACUCCAAUGACUGUGCCUAGAAUCCAAGGCUUGGCAACUGUGUACAAUGACUCCAUCUACUACAUAGCUGGAACCUGUGGAAACCAUCAACGUAUGUUUACCGUAGAGGCCUAUGACAUUGAACAAAAUAAGUGGACUCGAAAGAAAGACUUCCCGUGUGAUCAAUCCAUUAAUCCAUACAUAAAACUUGUACUCCUCAAAAACAAACUCCACCUGUUUGUCAGAGCUACUCAAGUCACUGUUGAAGAGCACGUUUUCAGAACCAGCAGGAAGAAUUCUCUCUAUCAGUAUGAUGAGGUCACUGACCAAUGGCAAAAAGUAUAUGAGACUCCAGAUAGGCUCUGGGAUUUAGGCCGGCAUUUUGAAUGUGUAGUUGCUAAGUUGUAUCCACAGUGUCUUCAGAAAGUUAUUUAAUUUUCUUUUUUCAGUAACAGGCCUUAGUGAUUUCAGUGGUGAUCCGAUGCUAGAGAAAACGUCUUAAAACAAAGAAAUUGUCAGUAUUUAUUGUAAGCUGAAACAGACAGGUUUGUGUUUGUUUUUUUUUUAUGUGGGGAUGGGUGCUCUUUAAAGGUUGCAGUCUGUGAAGGGUAUUACUGGUUCAGUUUCAUAUUUACUGAUAUUUUCCUGGGAAAUGAGAAGGAGGUUACGAAGUGCAAUUAUCAGCAUUUUUUUUUCUGGUGAACACUUAAUCAUGUCAUACUCGAAGACGUAUUUGUGGUAAGAGCAAGUUAAGUGGAAGAGUCAGGAUAACUAUGCACUACAGUGAAAGAAAAUCUAGCAUUAAUAGCUAAGGAUGUCCAAGCUGUUUUGGAGUGACUUUUCAUUUUUUCUUUUUUUUUUUUUUUUUUAAAUACGGGUAAAAUUUGAGGCAAUAUCACUAAGUUGUUUGGUUUUUUUUUUUGGCUUUUUUUUCAUUUGAAAUUAAAAUUGCAUAGAGGAAUGAUAGAUCCUGAUUCAUAAUGAUCUUUUUUUUUUUGUACUGUUUUUGAAGUCUGCAAAGAUGUUUUGUGUUGUUGUUUGUGCACUACAGUUUGGGAGGACAAACUCAAGUCAGAAUUGGAACACGGAGUACCUUUGCCUGGAAGGAGGCCUGUUCAGAUUGCUGUGCCACUUCUUGUCCAUGGAUUUUUGUUGAAAUUUGAGCUUAAAAGAUAUGGAAAACAAAUCCCAACACCUAUUUACUGCCGUUUAGGUGUAGUGCUGUAAAAAAUAUUUAUAACACUGCUUUAAAACUUUUUUUCAUCCCAUAAAGGGCUUUAAUCCAAAAGUUGAUGGUGCUAGUACAUUUUUAAUACUUGUUUGUCUGAAAUGGGCUAAUGUUACGCUGCUGUUUAAGACAGCCUGUUAGUUUUCAUUGAGUGUCUGUUUCCAGGCCCUGUUCUGUCAUUAUAUUGUCUUUUCUAACAUAACAUUUUUACUGUAGUGAUAUUCUUGCACAGGAUGGUGACAGGAUAUGGCCUUAAUAUUGACUUUUUUUUUGUGGAGUGUUCAUUUUGUCUCCACUAAAGUACAGUGCUGUGUGCAGUGUUAGCAUGUGCUCCAGUAACUUUAAAAUGUGUGGCUUAACUUGACAAGUUAUAUUUUUUCUCCCUGUGAUUGAGCCCUCAAAUACUUUGUUUCAUUCUGAUCUAUAAUGUGAAAAUUUUGCACUACUGAGCUGUCUUCGUUAUUCAGUGUAUUAAAGCAAAAUUGAUAACAAGUGUCCAUGGCUUAAAUAAUAUUAGAUGCUAAUCUAGAAUAGGAAUCCAAUGUAUUGCAACACUUUUCUCUAUGUAUUAAACAUGUAGCUUACUUUUCCAGAAGUAAAAAAAAUUUCCAAGUUCAGCCUCUACUUCAAUAGUGGAAACUUGACAUGAAAGGGAAAAGAGGAAUCCUAAAAACCUUAGCAGCUGUAACUUGCCACGUUUGGUUUGCUGCAGGUCUAGUUUUUCCGGAGCAACAGGUGUGAGCUAUCUUACUCUUUCCUAUUUCUCAAAUCUACUGAAGGAAUAAACCAACUAACUUGAAAUGGCAGUGGCCAUUACUGGCUCUAAGUUCUUACUGUUAUCUGGCUUAACAGCUGAUAUUUCAGUAAGCCAAAUAGUGACCUCACUAAUGUUUAUCCCCCUGGCAUGGCUGAGGAUUUGGAUAAUGUUCACUCGCCAUGUGGUCUUUAUGUUCCCAAAUGAAAUCUUUCUGAUUUACAGAUACCGGCCUGGAUCUAUUUCUCAAUUCUUGCACAAAAUGUUAAAAAGACAAAAACAAAACUGUGAAAUGAAAAGGAAAAAAAAAAAAAAGCCUCUUUGCAUUACAUACCUCAUCUUCAGAGAUUUACCAAACUGCUUCUUUCAGAUGCAAGCGCCGGAUUUUUUUUUUCUGAAGUAAAGCUGAUGCUUGCUAAGACUGCAUUUUACAACAGUGUUGAGGCGUGUUGUUUCUUUGUUUAGUUUUCUUCUGGAUACUGUUUUAUAUAUAUCCAUAGCCAAGAGUAAGAG